AUGGCCAGAGAAAGCUUCGGUGGAAGACGCGGCGUAUCGCUGGGCCUUAAUGAGAAGGUCUUCCGCGCUAACAGGAGCAUAGUGGUGCCCAGCUCAAACCUUCCUGAGGCUAAAGGUGGAUUUACUAUGCCUGUGGAGCACGAAAUCAUGUUGAAAUCGCACGUUCCUCACAUGCAAGACAACUGGCAACCAACCUGGUCGACGUUCGACCACAUAGAAGCCGCAAUUGAACGAUCCAUUCAUUGCAGCACACAACCGUACGUUAGCAUACUGGAUGAUGCUUUGGGAGAGGUGGCAAAACUUGAAAAACAAAGAGCCGCUAAGGAAUUGAAAAAGCAAAUGGAAGCUAAAGCUUUGCAAGAAGAGCUAGAUAGAAAGCUUGCGGCACAAAAGUUGGCAGAGAUGAAUAAAACCCAAUCAGGAGUAACUUCGAAGUUGCAAGUGGGUGGUUCGAAAUCCCAAUCGCAUCCAGAAACGGAAUCAGCGAGUAGUCACACUGCUGCGCUGAACGUAUCUUUUCAGGCAACCAAUGGAGGUUUUCGUACGGCCGCUGCAGACAAUAAGAGCGCAGUUAAGGCAGGAUCAACUGCUUCAAAUUUCGAAACGGACAGAUACACAAUUAUGGUUGCUCAAGCGGACUAUCUCCCCCGCAAUGCAUACACCCAGCAAAUCGACAGCUACGAAGCAGAGUACGAGCAAAGGAAAGUUGAGUACGACGAUUUUGUGCAGAACGCCGAUCCUGCCACAAAACAAGUCCGAUUAGAUAUCGCAAAGACCAUCAACAGAACUGUGAACACGCUGGCGAGCACGCAAAAACAAGUGGAUCAUUCGUACACCACUCUUGUCAACAUAGGGAAUCAGUAUGCGAAUGAAUCUCGAGUAGCCACAUUCGUGAUAUUUAGGGUUAUUGAAGCGGUGCUUGACUGCUGUGAACCUGGAUGUCAAAUGUACCUAAACCCAAAGGCUGCAUGGCCGUCAGCGCAUCUUAUCAGAGGGUUAAUGGCAAUGAAGCCGGAAUGCAGGGCCAUAUAUUAUGCGAUGAUAAAAAAACGUUGCCCAUAUGUCAUACCGAGACUCUACCAAGACAGCAAUGCCAGCAACCUGGAGGCGCUCCAUCAAUAUUCUAAAGACAACAGCGGCACCUAUUUCAAAAGACAAAUGGCGCUGUUAAGGCUUCACAUGGCCGUUCUGGUGGUGACAAAGGACCUAGAGGGACUAUGGGCAUGGUUUGCAGGUUUCAUUAAUGCGUCUUUCAAACCUGUCUUCAAGCUCCCCUUGUCGGGUGUGCUAAUCACUGCAAUGAGUGCCGCGGGGCACUUCUGCCUUGAAUCGUACAAAGAGCAGUUCAAAAAGAUGCUUACACUGUGUGGUGAAAUGGUCAAGAAAGGUCACUUCAAGGUACAAAAUUGCGAUGCUGCGGACAUGUACCAUGAACAGCUAUCGCACUUUUUCGAGGAAUACAGGAAAAAAAGGACUCUGGAGAAGCCUGAAGGGUUUGAUAUGAAACGCCAGGAGCAAGAUCUGCGACGGGACAUCUGA